GCGCCCGCGGGGUUCGGCGACGCUGAGGGCGUCAGACACCCUGCCGUGCGGGAGCCUUAGGGCCUCCGCGGAGAUGAUGGCGAAGGAAGAAGGUGACGGCCCUGGAGCCCAGAGCGAACCGCAUACAGAUGUUCGCCAAAGAAAAAAGCCAAAGUCUUCAGAAAGUCAGGAAUCUGCCAAAGAAGAAAAAAUCAAUGACACUAGGACUCCUGAAAGAGCUCCAAAACAUCUAUUAUUUCAGCGCUUUGCAAAGAUUUUCAUUGGCUGUCUUGCAGCAGUUACUAGUGGCAUGAUGUAUGCUCUCUACCUAUCAGCGUACCAUGAACGUAAGUUCUGGUUUUCCAACAGGCAGGAACUUGAACGGGAAAUCACAUUUCAGGGUGACAGUGGUAUUUAUUACUCCUAUUAUAAAGAUAUGUUAAAGGCACCUUCAUUUGAAAGAGGUGUUUAUGAAUUGACACACAAUAACAAAACUGUAUCUCUGAAGACUAUAAAUGCAGUACAGCAAAUGUCUCUAUACCCAGAACUUAUUGCCAGUGUUUUAUAUCACGCAACUGGUAGCAAUGAGAUUACUGAACCAGAGUAUUUCUAUAUUGGCAUUGUUUUUGGAUUACAAGGAAUAUAUGUUACUGCUUUAUUUGUUACAAGUUGGCUGAUGAGUGGAACAUGGCUAGCAGGAAUACUCACUGUUGCAUGGUUCAUUAUUAACAGGGUAGAUACAACAAGAAUUGAACACUCCAUUCCUUUAAGAGAAAACUGGGCACUACCGUAUUUUGCAUGCCAAGUUGCUGCACUUACAGGCUAUUUAAAAAGUAACUUAAACACUUACGCAGAGAGGUUUUGCUACUUGUUAAUGAGUGCUUCAACUUACACCUUUAUGGUGAUGUGGGAGUACAGCCACUAUCUCUUGUUUCUUCAAGCAAUAUCUCUAUUCCUGCUAGAUAUCUUUUCAGUGGAACAAAGUGAUAAGGUUCAUGAAGUAUAUAAAAUCUAUGUGUUUUCCCUCUUUCUGGGAUAUAUACUGCAGUUUGAGAAUCCAGCUUUACUGGUUUCUCCUUUAUUAAGUUUAGUAGCAGCCUUAAUGCUCACUAAGUGCCUUCAGCUGAAUGUGAAGAAAGGAACUUUUGUAGCUAAAAUAAUUAAAGUAAUUAAUUUUUAUUUAGUGUGUACUCUGACAGUGACAUUGAAUGUUUUAAUGAAGAUGUUUGUCCCACACAAAGAAAAUGGGCACAUGCUGAAAUUCCUUGAAGUAAAAUUUGGACUAAAUAUGACUAAGAAUUUUACAAUGAAUUGGCUUCUCUGUCAAGAAUCCCUUCAGGCACCAUCUGAAGAUUUUUUUUUACGAUUGACACGAUCUUCUCUAUUACCAUUCUAUAUUUUAGUGUUAAUUAUUUGUCUUCUUUCUGUGAUACAAGUUAUUUUUAGGAGGAUUAAUGGUAAGUCCCUGAAAGAAAGUGUUACUCUUGAAGAUGGACAAAUUGGAGAAAAGCCAGAAAUAAUUUAUCAUGUAAUUCACACUAUCUUACUCGGUUCUCUUGCAAUGGUUAUAGAAGGCUUGAAAUACAUUUGGACUCCUUAUGUAUGCAUGUUAGCAGCAUUUGGUGUCUGUUCACCUGAUCUUUGGAUGACACUUUUCAAGUGGCUUCGAGUAAGAACUGUACAUCCAGUAUUAUUGGCAAUUUUUCUGAGCAUGGCUGUGCCCACCAUAAUUGGUCUGAGUUUAUGGAAAGAGUUUUUUCCCAGAUUAAUGACAGAAUUAUCGGAACUACAGGAGUUCUAUGACCCAGACACAGUGGAACUUAUGACCUGGAUAAAAAGGCAAGCUCCAGUUGCAGCUGUGUUUGCAGGGAGUCCACAGUUAAUGGGUGCGAUUAAAUUGUGCACUGGCUGGAUGGUGACCAGCUUGCCUCUUUACAACGAUGAUGAUCUUCUCAAGAGAAAUGAAAAUAUUUAUCAAAUCUAUUCAAAGCGAUCUGCUGAGGAUAUUUAUAAAAUACUGACAUCCUACAAAGCUAACUACCUAAUUGUAGAGGAUGCUAUCUGCAAUGAGGUGGGAACCACGAGUGGCUGUAGGGUCAAAGAUUUAUUAGAUGUUGCAAAUGGCCAUGUGGUUUGUGAAGAAGGUGAAAAGUUAACCUACUCAAAAUAUGGACGAUUUUGUCAUGAGGUCAAAAUUAACUAUUCUCCAUAUGUGAAUUACUUCACCAGAGUAUACUGGAACAGGUCCUACUUUGUAUAUAAAAUCAACACUGUGAUAUCCUUCCAGUCUUGAAAAGAAACAGCCUUCAUUUCAAAGACUUAAGCUACUUGAAGUAAAAUGCGAUUUUCUUCUACCUGCGCUGUGUCUGUUGCAGAUCAGAGUGUGGACAUUAGAAAUGCUGCUGCUCCUUUUCCCCUCCUGCUGUUAACUGGGUCCAGGGUUUUGAGGAAAAUAGAAGAUCAAGCAUUACCUUUCUUUAGUAAAAUCUCAAAUCCACCACUCUGCAGUAUUCCAGACGGACAUCUUCCUUACUAUCACAUGGUCUUCAAAGAUUUUCCCUAUUGCAGUGUUUCCCCAUAAAUCUUCAUGCUAUUAUAACAUUGACCUUGAAUUUGAAUAUGUUCAAGGUCAUAGCAUAAUAUUUCUCGAGCAUAAUAUUUAAUAAAUAUUUAAUGUGAUAUGAUUAUGUAACAGAAGGAAAGAUUACUCUUCAAGUUAGUUUCUGAA